AUGGAGGACGGACAUGAAAUUUUGAGCUCCGCUCGUUUAAGAGGAAAUAGCCGACUUUUGGCAGAAACUCUGUCACAGUUAGGUUCUGACGAUUGGGGAAAUAUAUCAGAUAUAUCAUUAGUUGAAAACGUGGCUAACGAAGGGCAAAACAGCGACGAGGAUUGCGAAAUCUUAAAAUUUAUCGAAGACACCGAGAGAGACAUUGCAGCAAAGUCGACUCAGUAUGUGAAGGGUAUAUUAACAAGAGACAAAACAGCGAACCUUUAUAAAAGAAGGGAGAAUAUCUUGGACUACUGUAAAAGUAAGAUUAUAGAGUGUCCAAAAGAGAAACUGGUAAGACGAUUAAAUAGAACUGGCGGCCGUCUGCGAACGAAAAGCUUGCAUGUGAUAUUAUAGCCUUGGUUAAUUUCUACUCUUCAAGGGAAAUUACCGCAGAGUUUAACGAUAUGUUUAGAAAACCCCUUUGUGAUAAUACACAGGAUAUUCUAAAAUCAUUAGAUAAAGAAGAGACAAAGCAGCUUAUGACAUUUAUCGAAAAUUUUGAUGUUAAGGUUAGUGAACUAAGGGAGGACUUUGAUCAAACUGUCUCACAGUUUAAAACUGAAAUUUCCGAUUUAAAGGCUAACCUAUGCGAGAAACAAGCAAAAAUUCGAUCCCUCGAGUCUGAACUUGCAUCAUUUCGAGGUAAUUAUAAAGCGAACCUUGAAGAGACGAGGGGAAAAUUGGAAAAUUAUGAAAUGAAACUUGUCGGGCAAGCUGAGAACGUUAUUAAACUUGAGCAAAAAAAUGAUAAAAUAUGCAAAGAUCUAGAACGUAUUAAAAAACAACAAAGCAAACGCAUCGAG